AUGACGAGGAUGUGCGAUCUUCCACCAGAAUUAGUAGGGAUGAUAUUUACCAAGAUUCCCAUAACAUCAGUGAGAGCAAUACGAUCUACUUGCAAGUUGUGGAAAGGUUUAACUAAUGAUUGGGUUUUGGGUAAAGGAUCGGCUAAGGAGCAGUUUUUAGGGUUUGUGACCAUGGAUUCUAAAGUUUGUUCAUUAAGAUUUCAUAUCUGCCGCAAAAACAACGGUAAGGAUGAUGAAGACUUGCUUGAUCUGUCUAUAAAACAGGUAGAUCUACUUAAUCAAGUCGACAUAUAUAAAAUGUAUCAUUGUGACGGCUUAUUGUUAUGCGUAGACAAGUCGAGGUCGAGGCUCAUUGUGUGGAACCCUUAUUUGGGUCAAACAAGGUGGAUCACAUCCAUAACAAAUUUCCACAAGCGGGACAAGUAUGUUCUAGGAUACGACAUCAACCAUAACCAUAAAAUAUUGAGGAUUGUGGAUAAUUACAAAUAUUAUGGAACGAAGCAUUAUUUGAGGUACGAAAUCUACGACUUUCGCUCUAGUUUAUGGAGGGUUCUAGACGUUACUCCCGACAGGAAAAUAUUGAAUCUUGAACGCUGCGUGUCUUUGAAGGGAAAUUUCUACUUGGUUGCUCAUGAGAUCAUACUCAGAUUUUCUUGGAGACCAAGAUAUAGAAGACCUAACUUGUCUAGUCAAAUGCCUGAUGAAGAUACAUGGAUACAAAAUCGCGGAGAUUUCUUACUUUGUUUUGAUUUUACAAAAGAAAUAUUUGGACCGCCUCUGCCUCUUCCGUUUAACUCUAACACCAAUGACAGUGUGGACCUCUCAUGUGUUAAAGAAGAGCAGCUCAUGGUGCUAUAUCUGAAUUUUUCUAACAUAUUAUUACAAAUUUGGAUCACGACUACGACCGAGCCCAACACUCUUUCUUGGAGCAAGUUUUCGAGAGUGGAAAUGACACCAUUUGCACUCAAAGCUCUUCGGUUUGGACUUCCAGCUGCGAGCUUCUUCUUUGACGAGCAAGAGAAAUUCGUUGCGGUUUUCUAUGUUGACAGGUUUCUACAAACCAAGACCGCUCCGUACUACAAAGCUUUUAUCAUAGGAAAAGAUGGAUAUUUUAAAUCUGUGACUUUCGGAGACUCUUCCAAACUCGGGAUACCUUGUCGCAUAUCCGGGCGUAUUUCGGAUUUAUAUUGUCCCCCUCCCCCUCUUGUGUGCUCAUCUUCUUAUCUUCCGAGUUUGGUGCAACUCAACCAACCUCGUCAAAGGAAAGAAAGAGAUGAUUAA